AUGAAGAAAGAAAAGAAAACCCAUGCUUUGCUGUUUCUCCUGCUGCUCCACAUUACCUCGGGGAAAACAGACUACGCUCCAUAUUUUUAUGACAAUGGGCCAAGCAGUACAAAUGGAAAUAUGGCCUUGUUCAGCAUCUCUGAGGAUACACCAGUGGGGACGCAGGUUUACAUCCUUAAUGGCACAGAUCCAGAGGGAGAUCCUAUACGAUAUGGUCUGACCUUUGAAAAAGGCUCCCAGGAAUACUUAAGGGUGGAGCCCAAGUCAGGAAAUGUGACCCUGAUUCAAGAGCUCGACCGGGAGAAACAAGAUGAGAUCUCAGUGCUUGUGAGCAUAACUGACGGUCGCAAUAAAGUUAUAGAGACAGUGAGAGUAUUUAUCACUGAUGCCAAUGAUGAACCGCCUGAAUUUCAAAACCUUCCCUUCAUCAUUAAUAUGCCAGAGGAUACUGCUCCAGGAAGUAGCAUCUACAGAGUCCAGGCAGUGGACAAAGACAUGGGGUCAGGAGGCAGCGUCUCAUAUUUUCUACAGACAUCACCAUUAUCUAAGUUUACCAUCGAUGGGCACAGCGGUAUCCUAAGAGUCAAACCUGGAGAGACUUUGGACUACGAGACCACGCCCACUCAUUUUGUCACCGUGGUUGCAAAGGAUGGAGGAGGGAAGUACAAAGGGAAGCACCAGGUAUUGACUGCCACAGCCACCAUAACAGUCAACGUGAUUGAUACCCAGGACAUGCCUCCAUCCUUCAUAGGAACCCCUUACUUUGGUUACGUCUAUGAAGUCUCACUCCCUGGUUCUGAGAUCUUUACUGUCUAUGCUAAAGAUGGAGAUCAAGGCAAUCCUAACCCCAUACAUUAUUCCAUUAUGAAUGGUAGCGAUGGUGUCUUUGAUAUAAAUAGCACUAGUGGAUGCAUCACACUGUCAACAUAUCCAUCUAUGCUGAACAAAGAAUUAUUUGAAAUCAAAGUCAAGGCGUCUGAGGUAGGACCAAACAACCAGCUGCUGGACUAUGACAUCACCACAGUCACAGUACGGGUGGUGGAUCUCAACAACCACCCGCCGACCUUUUACGGAGAGAACGGGCCACAGAGCAAGUUUGAAGUCACAAUGUAUGAACAUCCUCCUGCGGGAGAGAUCCUGCGAGGGUUUAAAAUCACUGUCAAUGACUCAGAUCAGGGAGCAAAUGCAAAAUUUAAACUGAGACUUGUGGGGCCAAGUCGAGUGCUUCGAGUGGUGCCCCAGACGGUUUUAAAUGAGGCGCAGGUGACCAUUAUUGUGGAAGACACAUCUGGAAUCGACUAUGAAAAAGGACCUACUCUUUCUUAUAAGCUGUUGGCCGUGGAGAUCGACACUCCUGAGAGAUUCAGCGCGACAGCUGACAUAUUGAUCAACCUACUGGACACAAAUGACAACAUUCCCAAAUUCACAUCCGAGUAUUACAUCGCCAGGGUCCCGGAGAACUCUCCUGGUGGCUCCAGUGUUGUGUCUGUAACUGCAGUCGAUCCAGAUUCAGGGCCUUGGGGUGAAGUCAAAUACACGAUUUAUGGAUCAGGAUCAGAUUUGUUUUCCAUUAACCCAUCAUCGGGUCUCAUCUCAACACAGCCCUGGACCAGCCUGGAUGCAGAGCUCAGGUCCAAGUACAACUUUUACGUCAAAGCUCAAGACUCGGAGGGGAAGUACAGCCUGGCUGAAGUCUUUGUCACUGUCCUUGACGUAAACGAUCAUCCUCCAGCGUUUGAUGAAGAACUUCUGGAAAAGACCAUGAUUAUUGGUACACCUGUCAAAGUGGAGGCAGUAGAUGAAGAUGCAGAGUCUCCAAACAAUGUCAUCGAAUACUCCAUCAUGAGAGCGGACCCUGAAAAUGCCUUUGAUAUAAACUCAGACACCGGGGAGAUCCAGCUCAAGCCGUACAUUAAGUCCAUGGCGAUUGUGCACAACAUCACGAAGCAGAAGGACGCCAAGUGGUCUCUGGUGGUCCAGGCUAGAGACAGAGGCUCCCCGUCCUUCAGCACAACAGCCGUGGUCAACAUCGAUAUCACCGAGGCGACUCCUCUCAAGGGGCCUAUGGCGGCCUUUUUAAUGAAAAGUAGGGACAAUCCUUUGAAAGCUCUAGGCAUGGUUAUUGCUGUUAUUAGCUUAAUGGUAGGGGUGACCGUGUUGAUCUCUACGGCUUUAUACAUGCGCAACUCAAAGUCCAACAGGAUCAUGCCAGUGCGGCGCAUCAUCAAGAGGCGACCCAGGAAACCUCAGCCCUGGACCUUCACCAUGCCCGUUAUCAGAUUCAACAACCCUGCAGAGAAAUUCCUCAUCAGUGAUGUAGAGAGCAGCUCCAGCAGCCCCACAAAGAGGCCUCCGCCUCCAAGCGCUCCCUCUCUGCCUCCUCCACCUCCAUCAAACACUCGCCCCAGUGACAGACCCCGGGCAGUGCCGACCAUAUCUGGCGCCUUGGCCUCCAAAGGGUCCAAGAAAAUGAAACCCACUCGCCGCAAAGAGGGAAACGUGAGCUCUGCUUUGGUGUCGGAGCUGAAAAUGAGGCUGGAGCAGAAAAUUCAUGAGAGUAACAAAGGUUAUUGUUAA